CCUUGAUUGUUUGGUUCAGAGACGGGACUCGCUUCUGUACCAGUAUGCAUGCUAGACAACAUCUACGGAGUACCCCUCCAUACUCGUGCUCGUACUGCUAGUAUCUUUGUCCAACGACCCCUUUCCGCAAGUCCAUAAUAGUACAGCUGCUAUAUCCCGCGCGAAUAUGUACCCAUCGGAAUAUUCACCCACACCCGCACCUCAAACAGGUAAGCCGCCAGAAGAUUCUAGUCCAGCCACCAAGUGGACCACGUUAAAACCUUCCAGGCCUUCUAUGCGUCUUCCAGAAGCCUUCAGGGGGUUUUCCGUGUCCCUGGCUUGUCCUGCCCCGUGUGGAAUCUGCCCCUCCGUGCUGCGGUGCGGCGCUGUGCUCCAUAUUACUUACUACAUUACAGUUGCGCUAGGAUUUAGCACGGGGAAUAGCCUGGAUCAGAGGGUACAUGUUUUGUAUUGUUCUCAUGAAGAUCAGCUUCGGUUGGCUCAGUGUCGUGAUGAUCAGAUGACCGGGGGUGCCGUAGCGUAGCACAGGGUUAUUUUACCUUGCGCUACUGUGGUAGUCAUGUUAGUUAGAAGAGAAGGAUGAAAGAAAGAAAAGCGAUGAAGAAGCGGAGUGCCCGCCAAUAGGCGAUCAGUUUGAUCCCUUUUUCUUGCUCGCUACUUUUUGCGUUUCGGGGGUUUUAUGGAUUUGGGGAGGAUCUUCUGGUUAGGUGUGUUAAUCUUUUCGCAGAGCACGGAGUACGGUGUACGGUGUACUCCGGAGUAUUAACCGAAGGGAAUCAAUAUGGGUAAAGACCAUGCCGUACGAUCUCCCGGAUUGAUGUGUGGUCGGUGAGAGAUCUGGUGCUCAAUGCCAAAGUCGGGGGACAGUUCGAAGCACGAGUUGGCUGAAGGCAGAAUACAGAGUAGAGAUGUUUACAUUCCAGAUAU